AUGGCGGUCGCAAGCGGAUCGUCAAGUACGACCCCCUCACCACAAUUCCGCAAGAAAGUGUUGCGAGUUUUGGUCAUAUCUCUUCUCCUCGAUCUGAUCUCGUUUACCUUCAUCCUCCCGCUGUUUCCGCAGUUGGUCAACUUCUACCGCCAGCUCGAAACCACACAAUCAUCUUCGACGACUGUGCUCGCGCGCAUCUUGACCGGUCUCAAUGCCUACAAACAGAGUUUCGCCCGACCCAUCACCGAUCGAUAUGACAUCGUGCUUCUCGGCGGUGCCCUCGGCUCGCUCUUCUCCCUCUGUCAGGCCAUCGCUUCGCCCGUCAUCGGUGCCCUCUCAGAUCGCUAUGGCCGGCGGACGGCCCUUCUGUGGUCCAUGGUGGGAAACAUUGCCUCCGUUGCGCUCUGGUGCGCUGCUGUCGACUUCCGGACAUUCCUCGCGAGCCGCAUUGUGGGUGGAUUGAGCGAGGGCAACGUGCAGCUGGCGAUGGCCAUCGCGACGGACAUCAGCUCGGACGCUGAUCGCGGCAAAACGAUGGCUCUGGUGGGCGCCUGCUUUUCCGUGGCGUUCACAUUCGGCCCGGCUCUGGGUGCGGCGCUAUCGAAUGUCAACCUUGUUGCUGCGAACCCAUUCGCGACUGCAGCAGGAGUCUCUCUCGUCUUGAUCGUCGUCGAGACACUCUACCUCUGGUACGCGCUUCCGGAGACCAACAUUCUCCACAGCGCGGCUGCCACGGCUACCUCCGGUGAGGCAGCAAAUGGCAGUGCCCACGAGAAGGUCAACGGCAGUGCCGCAGCACACGCAUCUGAAAAAGCCACCGCAGAACAGCCCGCAACCCUUGGGCGAACCAACUCCCACAUUACUCUGAACCUCACUCACUUCUUCUUCAUCCUAUUCUUCUCCGGCAUGGAGUUCAGUCUCACCUUCAUGACCUACGAUCUGUUCAGCUACAACGCACGCCAAUCCGGCCAGCUGCUCGGCUACAUCGGACUGAUCGCCUCCCUGCUCCAAGGCAGCGUCACCCGCCGCAUGAAACCGCUGUUCCUCGUCCGCAUGGGCGUCGCCAGCGCCGCCGCCGCGUUCCUGCUCCUCGCCCGCCUCCAGACGACCACGACCCUGUACGCCGCCGCCACUUUGCUCGCCGUCACCAGCAGCUCCGUCGUCACCGGCCUGAACUCGCUCUCGAGUUUCGAGGCCGCGCGGACCCACCGCGGUGCGGUCCUGGGCAACCACCGCAGCUGGGGUCAAGUGGGAAGAGCCGCGGGACCGCUGAUCUUCUGCUCGCUAUACUGGUGGGCGGGCCGACAGGCAGCGUACGAGACUGGAGCGGUGGGCAUGACGGCAGUCCUCGUCGUGGUGGCCGCUGCGCUGAGGAAUCCCCCGGUCGGGGUGAAAGAGGCGGCGAAGAUUGCGGAAAAGAAAGAGCUUUGA